AUGGUCUAUCAUGACAUUGUGCGGCUUCACGUCCCUGUGCAUGAUGCCCUGGCUGUGCGCGUAGUCGACUGCCUUGAGGAGUUGGUACAUGUAAUACUUGAUGUCGGGGAGAGUCAACAUAGGGUACAGGAUCUUGAAAUCCGUGUUGUUGACAUAUUCGAAUAUCAGCGACGGCGUCCUGCUCUGAGGGUCCUUGACAAUGUCCAGGAGUUUGAUGAUGUUGGGUCCGCCGCUCAGGUUCUGGAGAAUCUUAAUUUCACGUUUAAUCUUCUUUUUCUUGAGUGGUUUGAGUAUUUUGAUCACAAUCCUCUCCUUCGUGGACACGUUGGUGCCUUCAAACACCUCGCUGUACUUCCCCCUGCCGAUUUUUCGCACGAUCUCAUAGUUGUUAGGGACAUUCCACAUGAGCGUGAUGUUCUCGUAGUCCCAGUAGUCUGGGCCCUUCUUGGUGUUGACAUCGGCAUAGUAUUUGGGGAGAAUAAUGGGCAAGUCCACAUUGGGAUACGUAGCGCGUUUAUCAGUGUCUACGUCCAUUGCGACAGCCUCAUCGGGGUUGAUUCCGUAGUCGGGCUCCUUUCCGAAGAACUCCUCGAUCAUUUUUCUGAUCUUGGGGAUACGGGUGGAACCUCCGAUGAGCACGACCUUCUGGAUCUCGCUCUUGGACAUCUGGAUGGUCUUGAGCACAUCCUUGACGGUGUCGAGGGUCUUUACGAACAGGUCCUCGUUGAGGCUUUCGAACUUGGCCCUGGUGAGGGUCUCGCUGAAGUCCUUUCCGUCGAUGAGGUUCUCAAUCUCGAUGGUGGUCUCGGUGGUGGACGACAAGUUACGCUUGGCGGCCUCGACCUCCUUGCGCAGCUUCUGCACAGCCUGCUUGUCCUGCAUGAUGUCGACACCGUGCUUCUUCUUGAAUAUCUUGAUGAAGUGGUCCAUCACACGCCUGUCGAAGUCCUCACCACCCAAGUGGGUGUCACCGGCAGUACCGAUGACCUCGAAGACACCGGAGUCCAACAUAAGAACGGACACAUCAAAGGUACCACCUCCAAGAUCGUACACAAGGAUGUUCGACUCCACAGUAGCGCGGUCGAUACCGUAGGCAAUGGCAGCGGCGGUGGGCUCGUUGAUGAUGCGCACCACCUCGAGGCCAGCGAUGGCACCGGCAUCCUUAGUGGACUGGCGCUGCGCAUCGUUGAAGUACGCAGGCACAGUAAUGAUGGCCUUGUGCACUUCCUUACCGAGGUAGUUCUCGGCGAUCUGCUUCAUCUUCUUGAGCACCAUGGCGCUGAUCUCCUCAGGCGCGUAAUCCUUGGUCUUGUUGUUGUCCUUGAUCUGGAUGUAGGGCCUUCCGCUCUUGUUGACAAUGGUGUAAGGCAAGAGCUUCAUGUCGUUCUGCACCUCCUUGUCGUUGAACUUGCGUCCAAUGAGCCUCUUGACGUCGAAGAUAGUGUUGGUGUAGUUGAUGGUGGCGUCACUUUUGGCAGCUUCUCCCACCUUGGUCAUGUCGUCCACGAAAGAGACGUACGAGGGGGUGAUACGGUUUCCCAUUUCGUUGGUGAUGAUCUCCACCCUGCCGUUCUUGUAGAUACCGACACAGGAGUAGGUGGUACCCAGGUCAAUACCGAUGAUGGGUCCCUCGACUGCAAGGCGUUAAUUGACGUCGCAAUUACACUCACCCUUUCCAGAAGCGGAGUCGGCAACGGCGACGCGGCUGUGUGUCAGGGCCAAGCCUGCGACAAGGGCCACGGCCGCUGUGACGAAGUUUUUCGCAAACAUUUUGCUAAUGUGUGUUGA